GGGUGGAAGGUAACGCGUCCCCUCGUUCAGUUCUCCUGCGCUCUCCAUCAUCAUUGCCUGUCUCCAACAGGCGAUCAAGCCCUCUGGUAUAUUUUCUCAUCACAUUACCCAAAUUGUUUAGGGUUCCAUAUGCGUAGUGUUCCAGAAUGAUCAUUGCUAUUGUAUUUUAGAUGAAGAUUGGUUUAGAAAUUAUUACAUGCAUGCUCUGGUAUUGCCACCCAAAAAACUUGACCUGUAAUUGUUUAUGUGCUGGUCUAUAUAUGUAUAUAUACAGCCGUUGUAUGCAAUGAUUUUUCCCAAUAACAUUGUUUACCAUCUUUUAGCUUGAUAUUGUUCUAUAGAAUUGCUUAAUAUACGGUCAAUUAUGCAAUUGAUUGAAUUGAUGUUGAAUUGUCAUUUAGGGUGUGCUUUUCGUCGGUUGUCUCGGUAUAGUUUCUUUGUGAUUAUAGAAUGGCAGCAGGUGCAGGCAGUCAGCAAAGCUUGAGAAAAGCGUUGAAAACAGUUGGACUGGCAAAAGCCAAUGGUGAUUUUAAGGUAUUAGAUAUUGCCAUUGCCAAGGCCACAAAGCAUGGUGAUGGUUUACCAAAAGAGAAACAUGUUAUUACUAUACUACAUGCAAUUCCAGCCUCAAGACCUCGUGCUGAAGUUGCUUAUUGCAUACAUGCUCUUGCCAAGCGCCUUUCUAAGGCUCAUAGUUGGAAGGUAGCACUGAAAACUGUAAUUGUCAUACACCGUGCUCUGAGGGAAGUUGAUGAUACAUUCUGUGACGCGCUAAUUAAGUAUAGCUGGAGCAAAGGUCAUAUUCUGAACAUAUCUCAUUCGUGGGAUGAAACAAGUCCAAGUGCAUGGGGUUAUUCUACCUGGGUUCGUUUAUAUGCAUCAUAUCUCGAAGAACGCCUGGAGUGUUUUCGUGUCCUGAAGUAUGAUGUUCAAAAAGAUCACUCGAGAACAAAGGGACUUGAAACCCCAGACUUACUAAGGCAAUUACCUGCCUUGCAACAACUUCUUUCUCGCCUUCUUGAUUGCCAGCCAGAUGUGGGGACUAUAUGUAAUGGCCUGAUUCAGUAUGCUAUUUCUAUGGUUGCAGGUGAAAGUGCUAAGUUGUAUGCGGCAAUUACUGACGGUAUUGUCAAUUUAGUUGACAAGUUCUUUGAGAUGCAACGCGAUGAUGCAGUUAGAGCACUUGAAUUAUAUAAGAAGUCAGGAAAUCAGGCAGAGAGGUUAUCUGAGUUCUUUGAGACCUGCAGGAGCCUUAAUUUUGGACGGGGAAUGAAAAUAUUUAAAAUUCAACAGCCCCCUCAAUCUUUCUUGACCACUAUGGAAGAUUAUGUGAAGGAGACUUCCGGUAUCGUAAUGCUUCAACUUCCUCUACCUGAGGAUCAAACUGAUGCUCCUAAGGAGACUGUUGUGAUAGAAGGUGACUUGUUAGUUGACCCUGAUGAUAAUGUAGAAGACAAAUCAGCAUCUGAACAUCCAAGGGAUGACCAGAGUGAGGCUGCUGCAGCAAGACAAAUCGUUGACCUGCUGAGCUUUGAUGAAGUUAUUCCAGUAAUAUCAGAAUCUGAUGAAAACAAUUCCAUGGCAUUAGCGAUCGUUCCGUCAGAAAAUCCACCAGAUCCGAGAACAGAUGGUCUUGAUUCAACAACCUCAAACUCUAGUUGGGAGAUUGAACUUUUCAACCCACCAACUUCUAAUGGAGCAUCAGCUCAACAAACACCUUCAACUUCUACUACACAAACUAAGUUGAUACAAGCUGGUAAGCUUGAUAGAUCGACACUGGAUAGUCUGUAUGAUAUGGCAAGUACACCAAAUCAGAACAAUAUGUUUUGCUCCCCAGCCGCAAUGGCACCCUCUAAUCCUUUUGAGGAUGUUGCUUCUUCUUCAUACCAAUUCCAAGACUCUUAUCAUGCUUCCAGCAACGCAACAACUCCAACAAACUUACAAAUGGGACUUAUGGCGCAACAGCAACAAUAUUUUAUGCUGAUACAACAACAAAAAAUGCAACAACUACAUUUAUCCAGCACUGUCCCAAAUAUACCAAGUCAUGGCCAGAAUAAACUAACCUUGUACCAGAAUCUGCCAAGUCCUUCCCAUAAUCCACCUAGUCCAUUCCAUAAUUUACCAAAUCCUUUCCAAAGUCCACCAAGUCCUGGCCAAAAUCCACCAAGUUUGCACCAAAAUCUUCCAAGUCCUGGAUACAAUCCAUCAAGUCUUUUCCAAAAUUUACCGAGUCCUCUCCAAAAUCCACCAAGUCCUCUUCAAAAUCCACCUAGUCCUUUGGAAAAUCAGCCAAACUCAUUAACCUCUUCUGGGAAUCCUUUUUCUGACCAGAUCAGUACUCCACCUCAAAAUUCAGACAAUGGCCUCAUUUAGAAGAUCGUGACAGGAAUGGUGUUCACUUCUAGACAUUGCAGUGGAACCACCCACUACUUUUCGAGCCAUGCACUAAAGAAUUAAAUGUAAAGUUGCAUGCAAUUUUUCUAUUUUGCUGGUGCUGCUAGUUAAU